AUGUAAAUCAAAUUAAGUUUAUUACUUUAUUUAUAAGUAACCACAUUUAUAUAUUAUAUAGGAAAUUGAAUUUAUACGAUUAAGUAUUGCUUAAAAUAUUCAAUUAUGUUUAGAUAUUUUAAUGAAAUACAAAUAACUCAAAGAAUUAAAUAUUUAACAUAAUUAUUUAAAUUCUGAUAGAAUUAUAUUAAAUAUAACAGAUAGAUAAUCAUAAAUUACAAUAUUACCACAAAAACUUAAUUAUACAAUACAUUUUGUAGGAUAUGAUUGUCCUUUUUAUGAAAGACCUGAUUAUAUUAAUACAUUCAAAAAUGAUGAUUAAUCUAUUAAAGAAAUCAUUAUUAACAUUUUGUAAUUCAAUAAAAGGGUAAGGUUGAUUAUGAAAGAUAAAUAAAUGACUAUGGGAGAUGGAAAUAUAGAGGAAAAACAAAAAAAAUAUUUCGAUGAAAAAUACAAAGACCUUCAAUUAAUUUUCAAAGGUUUGUUGGAUGAAGGAAUAUUUAAAUCAUUUGAUUAGUUUAUUGAAGCAUCUAAUUUGAUCUUUGAAAAAUAUAAUAAUCAAAACAAUAAAAAUUAAAUAUUAUCUGGAGUUGACAAAAGUUUGACAGUAAUUAAUUCUAAGAGAGCAAGAAGAAUAGAUAAUGUUUAAGAUAAUUUAAUAAAGAUUUAAUAAUGUCAUUAUAAAGAAGGAUAAUCUUAUGAAUUUUAAUAAAUCUUAUAAUUAGCAUUCCCCUUAAUUGCCAAAGAAUUUAAAACAGCAUUUAAAUAUUCAAAUUAAUAUCUUGCAAUAAAUGAUGAUUAUAUUAAUUUAAAGUAACAAUUAUAAUUUGAUAAUAAAAUGAUUGAAUAGAUGAUAAAUGAAAAUAAAGAAGAAAUCAUGAAAGAUUUCAAGUUUGAUUUAGAUUUCGAACUAAUCAAAGAAGAUAUUUGUUCAUAAUUAAGUGAUAAUAAAUAACAAAUACUCAAUUAUUUUCUUAAUGAUGUUAAGUUUUCUAUUUUAAAAAAUAAAGAGAUUUAAAUAUAAAUUGAUAAACUAAAAUAACAUAUGGUUAAAGAAGUAACUAUAUAAUCAUUGCAAAAUUAUUUAGAAUUAAAGAUAUUGUAAUUAAAUGAAGAUUUAUUAUGA